GCUCUCACUACUCAGGAUGACAAAAACCCUCUCACACCGAUCAAGCGCUUCAAAAAGCUCUCAGUAUUAUCCGUUUCUAACAAGAUACAUCAUUCCUCUAAGAAUGCUGAAGAGCCAAUGCCUCUCACCCCUCCACCACGCCGUUCAUCCAGGCAGAAAUCGGAUCUUUUUGUCCAUCAAUCGGACGAGAACUGUGCGGGAAGCACUCCUCUUUCAAAUAACAUACACGACGACAAUCACGACGAAAAUGAUAGAAAUGAUCGUGACAACAAUAAUAGGACUACUCAGCAUAACCACAAGCUACCGGACAGCAAGUACAACGAAGAGAACAACGUCAACAACGACGAUCUCUUCCUUCAACCGAAACCUACCGAUAAUGACAACCUACCCAGUCCUGUCUUCAAACUAAUCGACAGAUCGGAAUCCCCCAAACGUGCUUAUUCCCCUCUACCUGUUUCAUCGGAGUCUUUACCAAUACCAACAGAUCAACAAGAACCUAACCAAGUUACUAGGAUUUGGACAACCAUCCAGAAUAACCUUCAACUUUUCAAAGGUCAUCUACAGGAAUUGCAGCCCAACAAAGCCUUGUUCAUACGCGAGACUUUCAACUCCUUUGAUAGUAUAGACGACUGUAAACUCUAUGAUACCGAAAAAGUCGUUGGACGUAGAUCUUUACUAUUUGAUUGGGUUUAUGCUAUAAUCGAUGAUCUUAAUUCUCAACAAAUCGCACCUGAACGAAGUGCAUGUCUCGAAAGUUUAGCUGUAAUUUUGGAAUCCAAAUUCCUGUCAUCUAAACUCAUAGCGUCUUACGCUCCUCAAGAUGAGGAUAGGAUGUGCAAAGUUUUAGCCGAUGUUGUCAAAUACUCCCUGGCGAAGCUAAAUAGUAGGGGUGUAUUUCAAAACACAAUCUUCUACUGCGGUAGAUACUUCGCUAUAGCUUUCUUCAGAUUACCUGGUACAGCUCAACAAUUACUUCAACCAUUAGAUGUACCACCUAGAACUUUAGCUAAACUUAUCAAUGAUUCAGGUUGGGAUUACGAAUCAGCUGAACAGUUACCAUCAACUUCCUUCGCAAGUUUCCUUCAACAUUUAUGUAUAAAACCAUCAAAACGUUCAAACCCACUGGAAAUAAAAUAUGCAGAUGAAGCUAGAGAAUAUAUUUAUGGGCUACAUGAAACGAACAUACCCAAUAAGUAUUUAAUAUUAGAACCUGAUAAUUGGUUAAGGAGGUGGACAUCAGAUGAUUCAGAAUUAUUCUUCAGUUUUAUUAGAGCAUAUCAUAGGUUACUUGAAAGAUUUAUAUUGGAAGGUUUAGAAGAAUCCAAAGAUAAAUAUAGAAUAUUAUCAACUAAGUUUUUAUUCAAUUCACCCGGAUAUCCUCAAUUAAGUUGUAUAUUACACUCAAAAAUAUUGUCACUUGUUAGAGGUGACAUCUAUAGUGUGACUACCGGUACACCUUCAAAUAAUCAAAAGUCAACUGAUAUCUCAGAAACAGCUAAUGUUUUAGCUGCAACUGCUGGUAAACCUAAAUUAUUAGAACAAGCUAACAGAAGGAUUGUUUUAACUUUACAAGAUAUGUUACAAAAUAACAACUCAACCGAAGUACUUGAUGGAAAGUUCACUUGGUUGGAGGUUGUAAAUUUCCAAAUAAAAUUAGCAGUAAGAUUAACUAAUAUGUAUUCAGCACCACAAGUUUUCUGUUUAUUAGAUGCCUUAGAUGGUAUCUUCCUUACUGCUUUCAACCUUGAUACCAAUUUUGAGCAGAUUGAUAUUCAAUUUGUUUUAGAAUUUAUCACUAUUAUUCUCAAGAAUUGUGAUCAUGUUUUAACAUUGAUAAGAGUAAUAUCCUUCAUAUUUACACACUUUGAUUCAUUAUGUCAAUACCCUCAAUAUCAACGAAAAUUAUGUUUAGAUUUGCUUUUGGAACCAUCUUUAUUCAAUAGAUUAACAUUAUUCUGGUCACAAAGUGUUAGGUCCUAUUGGUUAAGGUUGUUAGUGUUCAGAGUAGGACAUGUACAACAAAAUCCGGAAGCCAGUGAUUUAGUUAUUGAAAUAAUAAAACAACUGAAUAGUAAUUUGAACACAAUUAAGCGACGACAUGAAGACAUCGAACCAUCAACACGUACUAAUUCAGUCAUUUUACAUAGUGAUGAAGAAGACGUUGAUGAUAAAAGAAAUUCAAUUAUUGAAUCAUCUGAUGGUAAAAAUCAAGACAAUAAUGAACUAAAUAAUUCAUUCAAGGGUUUAGGUUUAGAUAAUAAUAACGCUAAUAAUUUACCUUCAACACCUAAAAAGAAAUCAUUCUCUUUCGAAUUACAAACUCCACCGAAAGUUUCUGCAUCUAAUCAAAAUUCUCCUACUCAAUCACCAACGAAUUCACGUAAAAGUAGCGCUGACAAUGGUAAUAUAAAGCCUUCAAAUAGUAAUACAACUUUGAGAACUUUAUUACCGAAACCAGCAAGUUUACUAUUAAAUGGCAAAGAUCUAAAUUCUGCAUUAUGUUCUCAAUUUUAUUAUAAUAGAAAUCUACACAUUUAUGCAACUAAAGCAUUAAUGGAGUAUAGUAAUAUUAUUGAAGUUGAGUAUCAAUUCCAAGAUUGGCAAUCAAAGCUGGUACCAAGGUUGGUAGUACAAUGGCCUGCGGCUUUUACGUUCGAUUGAUAGCAUUUUUAUGACAUUUACCUUCCUCACAUUAAUUACAUUCAUCCAUCCAUAUGAAAC